UCUAUUCUAAAACGUGAAGGAAAGAAGAGCAGAAGGCCAUUUUUUGUGAUCCUUUUCAAUGGGUGUCAUGUGAAAAGCUAAUUGUUGAAGUAAUCAGCAAUUGACUUUGGUGAAGUGCGGCAAGUUCAAAGUCGUCAUCCAUUACUAAUUUUGUCAAGCAAAUUCCAACGACAGCCGAGGCCAAGAUGGAUGGGAUGCUCCGUGUUCAUUCCAGCGACUUGCACCAACAUAUUGUCGAGCAAAUUGCCGAAUGCUUUGAGAGUGGUCUUUACACUGAUUUGGUGGUGAGAUGUAAGGAUGGAAAGAUGAUUCAUGCUCACAAGUUGGUAUUGUCUGCGGUCAGCCCAUUUCUAAAACUGCUUCUGGAACCGGACGAAGAUGUAAACUCAAAUGAUAUCCAAACAUUGGAGUUGCCCGAAGUCGAAUUCAACGAUGCCCAACUUUUGAUUGACGUCAUCUACAACGGAUUAGUGGAAGCCACCAUGGAAGAACUCCGUGUCCUCAUCAAAUUGGCACGCUACCUCUACAUCAAUAUUCCCAUUUCAAAUGAAAUGUGUUCCAGUUUGAAUCUGGAUCUAUCUCCCAUGCCCAGUCUGUUGCCAAAGAUCCGAGUGAAAAAGAAUCUGACUCAAGAUCGUUCCUCGCCCCAAACCAUGCCCAUUAUGAAAGACAUUCUGCCCAGUGGUGGUCCUCCUAAAUUGUCCCAACUUUUAACGUCUCCUCCUCCUCUGAAACGGUUUAAGCCAGACAAGACCGUUCCGGCCAUGCCUAAAUUGGACAUGAAAUUACCGCUACCGGCAUCGAUGAUGCCUACAGCUCCUUUGCCGAUGCAGAACGUCUCAUCCAAUAGCAAAGAGUAUCGUUGCCCUCUAUGUAACUCGGUUUACAACAACUUGGGCAAUUUCAAGCAACAUAUGCGGUUCCAUGAGAACGAAAAUAUGAAGGAACAACGAGCGGCAUUGUUAAAUUCCGUUGUGUCUGCGUGUUACGAUCCGGAUACCCAAAGAUACAACUGUGAGAUCUGCAAUAGCUUCUACACCCAUCCUGGAAACUUCAAACAGCAUUUAGGGAAGCAUGAACGUGAAUCCGGUGCUGUGACUGCCUUGUUCAACCAAAAGAACGGAUUGCCCCCUGACGCUGGAAACAACGUGCUCAACGGCAACAAUGGACAUCUCAGCAAUGUGCUUCAAAACGCUAUGGCUGACAAAAUGGACGAGGCGGAAAAGCUCAAGUAUCAAUAUCAUUGUGAUAUUUGUGGACGUUCCUUCAAACAUCCCGGUAAUUUCAAGCAACACAUGGCCAGUCACAUGCGUUCAGUAACGUAUUCCAAGAGCACCAUUGUGAAUGGAGUGGUUGCCGCCAAUGACGAAGCCCAUAGAGCUCAGCAGAUCCUGCAAAAUCAGCUCCAACUCCCGCCCAGUAUCUCCAUAUCAUCUACAGACUCAGGGUCUUCGAUUCACAAAUGUGAUAUUUGCGACGACAUAUUUGAAACCAAAGCUCUCCUGUUAAACCAUAAGAAGAACUAUCAUACUGGUAACCCAUUACCUGAUCCGAAUAGCUCGGACAUUGCAAAUCUUUAUCAAUGUGAUGAGCCUGGGUGUCUCCAAUCGUUCAGUAAAGAAGGUUGGCUCCAAAGGCAUAAGCAAAGAGAUCACGUUGCUGCCAUAUCCGUUUACGAAAAUGCAAAUGGAGGAGGAAAGGUGUAUGCAUGUCGAACUUGUGGCAAAGAGUUCCGAAACUCGAGCAAACUGAGUGCUCACAUGAGAGUCCACAGACCUGAUGAAGAUCAUUACAAAUUUCCCUGUGAUAUUUGCGGAAAGAAGUUUACCCGUCCUCAACAUGUGACUCGACAUAAAUUACUUCACACUGGAGAGAAACCGUUUUUCUGCUUUAAAUGCAAGAGAACCUUCAAUCGCGAGGACAAAUUGAAGGAACACCAAAAAAUCGGCUGUGACAGUGGUUUGGAUACUGCUCAAGAGCAGAAUGACCAUAGUAGAAGCGUGUUUGAUGAGGAGGAAGACGAAUAUAUUGAAGACGAGGACGUCGUUCAAGUUGAACUCAAUCUUAACGAUGUCGAUGAUCUUGAUUCAGAUGGUAUUGCGGAAACUCACGAUUCUAUUUCUUUAUCCAAUACGAACCUUGAUGAGGAAGAGUCGAAUGACUUUGAAGAAAAUCGCCUGGUCAAAGCUGAAUUUGAAUAAGAAUACAAACGAAUAAGUUUUAGA